AUGCAUCUAGCCAUCUCCUCCAUGUGCGUCAAAUGUCCUACGAGAUCUGACUACCUUCUGCUGCGUGUCUAUGACUACGGCUCUUCAGCUUCAAAGGUAGCUCAGUGUGUUGACGAGGAGCUCGAAACAAAGCUAGAGGAGGAUGUCAUUGGUGUUGACAAGGAGACAGGUAUGGGGCUAUGGGUAGGGCUGCGGCGGGCUGGUGUGCUGCGCAAACAACAACCCGAAAUCGUCAGCGAUGAUCCCGAAAAUCAGAAGGCACCCCUCUUAAGGCGGCAUUGUGGGUAA